GCUGCUGCUGCGGGACUGAAGCUGAAUCUGCCCGCUUGUUCUCCAGCAGCCAGCAGCAGAAGCAGUGAUCGGGACCGGAGUAUAAUCGCUGUCCGGAGUGCAUAGAUGUGCAAAACCCCUGGAUUAUCCGUGCGCUGGAGAGGCCAGAACCGACCGCCGUGGAGGACUGUUCUAAUUUAGUUUUCAAAAGGGAAAGAGCCACGGGGAAAGCAUGGCGGUAGAAGAGGAAGGUCUCCGGGUUUUCCAGAGCGUUAAAAUAAAAAUAGGAGAAGCAAAAAACAUCCCUCCGUACCCGGGGCCAAACAGAAUGAGGGACUGCUACUGCACUGUCAACCUGGACCAAGAAGAGGUCUUCAGGACCAAGAUCAUCGAGAAGUCCCUUUGUCCGUUCUAUGGGGAGGACUUUUACUGCGAGAUCCCACGUAGCUUCAGACAUCUCUCCUUCUACAUCUUCGACAGGGACGUCUUCAGGAGGGACUCCAGUAUCGGGAAGGUUGCAGUGAAGAAAGAGGACCUGCAGAAAUAUCACGGCAAAGACACCUGGUUCCAGCUACAACCUGUCAGCGCUGACUCAGAAGUGCAGGGAAAAGUGCACCUGGAGCUGCGUCUGAGUGAAGUCAUCACAGACAGUGGAGCCAUCAAUCAUAAACUAGCCACACGAGUGUUGGAGUGCCAAGGUCUUCCAAUCGUCAACGGCCAGUGUGAUCCUUACGCUGCUGUCUCCUUACUUGGACCUUCAAGGUCGGAAGCUAAGAAGACAAAAGUGAAGAGGAAAACCAACAAUCCACAGUUUGAGGAGGUUUUCUAUUUUGAGGUGACGCGGCCGUUAAGCUACACAAAGCGGCAUUUUGAUGUUGAAGAAGAGGAUGUUGACAAGCUGGCACUGAGGGUGGAUCUGUGGAACGCCAGCAACCUGAAGUUUGGCGAUGAGUUCCUGGGAGGUGUGCGAGUUCCUCUGCGGGUGCUGGGUCAGGCUGGUGUCCACGACGCAUGGUACUUUCUUCAGCCCAGGGAAAACGGAGGGAAGUCAGUUAAGGUAGAAGAGCUCGGCUCUCUGCGUCUGAACAUCGUUUACACUGAGGACCACGUCUUCCCCUCCGAACACUACACUCCCCUCAGAGAUCUACUGCUACACUCUGCUAAUGUAGAGCCUGUGUCGGCGUCCACAGCUCACACUCUGGGGGAGGUGUGUCGAGAGAAACAAGAAGCCGCCAUUCCCCUCGUGCGUCUGUUUCUUCACUACGGCAAGAUUGUGCCUUUCAUCAGCGCCAUCGCUCACGCCGAAGUCAACCGCACACAAGAUCCCAACACCAUUUUCCGAGGAAACUCACUGACUUCCAAGUGCAUUGACGAGACCAUGAAACUGGCAGGAAUGCACUAUCUGCAAGUCACACUCAAACCCAUCAUAGACGAGAUCUGCACAGAACACAAAUCCUGUGAAAUCGACCCAGUCAAGCUCAAAGAGUCUGAGAACUUGGAUACGAACAGGGAAAACCUUCGUCAGUAUGUGGACCGUAUCUUCAAUGUUAUCACCACCUCUGGUGUUCGUUGCCCCACCGUCAUGUGCGAUAUCUUCUUCUCUUUGAGAGAGUCCGCUGCCACGCGUUUCCAAGUUGACCAAGAUGUCCGAUACACAGCAGUGAGCAGUUUCAUUUUCCUGCGUUUCUUCGCUCCAGCCAUCCUCUCCCCAAACUUGUUCCAUCUAAGGCCGCACCAUCCAGAUCCUGCCACCUCUCGAACCCUCACCCUCAUCUCCAAGACUAUCCAGACCCUGGGAAGUCUCGCCAAGUCUAAAUCUGCCAAUUUCAAAGAGUCUUACAUGGCUGCAUUUUACGACUACUUCAAUGAGCAGAAAUAUGCGGACGCUGUGAAGAAUUUCCUGGAUUUGAUCUCCACCUCUGGCAAAUGGGAUCAGAAGAGUAUUGAAACACCAAUCAUGCUGAAAGAGGGGAGUGUAAAACUCACUAUAAAGAGGGUUGAUGGGAAGGGGUCAAAAGGCACCAAGGGCAGAUUUAUGAUAAAGAGGGCACAAGGGAGAAACCGGUUUGGAAUGAAGAACUUCAAGAAGAGAUGGUUUCGCCUCACCAAUCACGAGUUUACCUACCACAAAACAAAAGGGGAGGGUGCGCUGUGCAGCAUUCCCAUAGAGAACAUUCUGGCUGUAGAGAGGCUAGAGGAGGAGUCUUUCAAGAUGAAAAAUAUGUUCCAGGUCAUUCAGCCGGAGCGUGCGCUCUACAUCCAGGCCAACAACUGCGUCGAGGCGCGCGACUGGAUUGACAUCCUGACCAAAGUCAGCCAGUGCAACCGCAAACGCCUUAGCACUUACCAUCCUUCAGCCUACCUCAACGGCCACUGGCUCUGCUGCAAGCUCUCAGCAGACACGGCCCCCGGGUGUACACCCUGCACUGGCAGUCUCCCAGCAAACAUCCAGCUGGAUGUAGACGGAGACAGAGAGACAGAGAGGAUCUAUUCCCUGUUCAGCACAUACAUGACCAAACUGAUCAAGAUGCAAGAGGCUUGUGGCAGUAAGUCUGUGUACGACGGGCCCGAACAGGAGGAGUACUCCAGCUUUGUCAUCGACGACCCCCAGGAGACCUACAAAACCCUGAAACUGAUUGUUUCAGCUGUGCAGACCUUGGAGCAGCAGCACACCAAGUACAAACGUGACAAGUUCAAGAAGACAAAGAUAGGCAGCCAGGAGCAUCCAAUUGGAGACAAGAGUUUUCAGUGCUACGUCCGCCAGCAGUCUGAGUGCUCCACCUACUCCAUCUAGCCCUGUGUACAGUUUCUAUGAUGCCCAGAACCAGCCGGAAUAUUUCCUUUACUGCAAAGAAAAUCCAUCUAAAAAAUCCUCAGUAUCUAGCGUUCAGUUUUAAAUCAUUAUUUUUUUUCCCUUAAAACAAGAUUUU